AACCAAUGAAGAGAGGUCAUAGUUAGACAUUGCUUCAUUUUUAAGGGUCUGCAAGCCAAAAGGUUCACUUUAACCCAUGAACAAAAUCCUAAGGCUAAUUCUAAUGCCUAACUUUACUUAAUAACUAGAACUAAUCUCAACCACCUGCCCACCCUCAAACACCAUGUGCAUUUUUACCAUCUUCCUGUUAUUAUGAAGAUAUUUGGUCCUAGUUCCAAGGCAUCCAAACAUACACACAAACUCAUUAAUGCACAUUUAUAGAGGUGGAACCAGCACUUGUUAGUGUUUUGAUAGUGGAUCUACCCUAUGGCUGCUUUGUAAACUGUUUCUGUUGGAUCUCUGGCUAUUGGCUCGCUUCUUCAUCUCUACAUUAUUUGUCAAUUACAGGCCACUGCACACUGUGCCAGACACCUGUUGAUGUUCCUUGGUCUCCGAUAGAGCAUGUUUCUAAGGAUGAAGCCAGUCUCAUGGGAUAGCCAUGUUUUGUCUCCAUGACAGCUAUGUCACUCAGCCCUCAACAGCAAAGGAUGCUGGGAAAUAACGAGCACUUUUAUCCCGAUCAGGAUGACAAAGAUGGGGAGGAUGAGGAGGAGGAAGAGGAGCAGGGAGGAGAAAUCAGAAAAGCGAAAGUUGGACGUGACACCGAAAAUGGAGGGUUAGAGGGUCUGGAGGAGAAGGAAAUGACAGGAGGACGACAACCCUGGGAAGGAAAAGGUGGCGAGGUGGUGAAACCAGCAGCCAUUGUGGUUGGUCGACAGAGAGCAGACCGGUCUCUGAGGCUGGGCAACUUGGGUAACCGGGCCGUUGCUUACAUGUCUAAUCAAGCCCCGCUGCAUCAUCAAGCAGCCAAUAAGCAGCAGCAUCAUCAUCUCAUGGCAGCCAAUCAGCAGCCUCAUCACACAGGCCUGGGUGCGCUGCAGAGGCGACGAGCUCUCAUGGAGCGCAGCAAGACCACAGUGGCUCUGCAGGAGGACACUUUCCUGACCAUGAUGGUGUUUCGCAUUGGAAUUCCUGACAUCAAACAAACAAGGUGUAUGCAGUUUGACCAGGACUGCACUGUGUGGAGCGCUAAGCAGCAGAUCAUCUGCUCCCUCAGCGAGACACUGUGGGACGCAUACAACUAUGGCCUCUUCCAGCCGGCUGGGGAAGGGCGGGACGCCAAGUUCCUGGAGGAGGAGCGGACCUUGCGAUACUACUCUCAGUCUUUUGAGAAAGGAGUGCCUUACCUGGAGUUUAGGUACAAAACCAGAGUUUAUAAACAGACAAAUCUGGAUGAAAAGGCUCUGGCCAAGCUCAGCACAAAGGCCAGCCUGAAGAAGUUCCUCGAUUACGUUCAGACUGGAGCAAUAGAGAAGAUGGCAAAAAUACUUGAUAAAGGUCUUGAUGCAAAUUUUCAUGACCCCGAUACCGGAGAGACCCCUCUUACUUUGGCCAUACUGUCCGGCCUGCCAGUGGAGGGCAUCAAAGUGCUGGUUCAGGGAGGUGCUCAUUUGGACUUCAGAAGCAGAGAUGGCUUGACAGCGCUGCACAAAGCUGUCAGGGCUGACAGCCAUGCUGGGCUGCUGGCUCUCUUGUCCCUUGGAGCAUCUCCAGACUACAAAGACCGCUGUGGCCUGACCCCGCUGUACCACACUGUACUGACAGGGGGCGACACUUCCUGUUGCGAGACCUUGCUGUACUACAGGGCGAGGCUGGGGACAAGAGAUGAGGAUGGUUGGGAUGAGUCCCAUCAGUACAGGGAUGAAGAGGAGUUUGGAAUGGAAGAAAUACACAAGGCUUGUCAGAAUGGCUUUGCCCAGCACUUGGAGCAUUUGCUGUUUUAUGGGGCAGACACCACUUCUCAAAAUGCCUCAGGAAACACUGCACUUCACAUUUCUGCCCUGUACAACAAGGAAAGCUGUGUCCGUGUUCUUCUGUACAGGGGAGCAAAUAAGGAGGCAAAGAACAAGCAUGGUCAGACCCCUUUUCAGCUUGCUGUAAUGUCUGGUCACUUUGAACUCGGGGAAAUCAUCAAAAACCACAAAGACUCUGACGUAGUGCCCUUUUUGGAAUCGCCCAAGUACGUUCCCAGGCGAAAAGAGAGCAUCCUCACACUGCCUCUGCCCUUGCUUCAUUCCCACCCCCUACUCCGUGCUAACAGCGAUAAUACCAUGACCCAGUCUGACCCUCUGGCCCUGCCCAUCAAGGCUGCAACCAAUCCCAACCUAGGACAGGCCCAGCGCAGGGCCUCCAUAGCCAUUAGAAGCUCCAGCAGCCCCAGAACACGUGCUCGCUCCCCAUCCAGAGGAAGAGGGGGCCAAAGCGACACAGAGGAGAGGCACCGGCAUCCAAGAGGCAGACAGGGUGCAGCCUCAGCGGGCGGCGGGGGAGGUCAGAUGAAGCGUAUGUACAGUGCAGUGCCAGGGCGGGUGUACGUGGCCACUCGUGCUCACUCUGCAAGUGGAGACAGAGAGCUAUCCCUCAACAAAGGGGACAAAGUUAAAGUGUUAAGUGUAGGAGAAGGGGGAUACUGGGAGGGAACAGUGAAAGGUCGCACUGGCUGGUUUCCUUCAGACUGUGUGGAAGAGGAGGCAGCCCUCAGCAAAGACAAUCGAUUAGAGACGCGCAGCGAGAAAGCCAAGAGAAAGCUUUUCCGUAACGUCACUGUGGGAGCCUACGAUGGCACUGAUGGCCCCAGUGACUACAUCAUUAAGGAGAAGACAGUGCUCCUACAGAAGAAGGACAGUGAGGGAUUUGGCUUUGUGCUUAGGGGAGCCAAAGCUCAGACUCCCAUAGAGGAGUUCACUCCAACGCCAGCGUUUCCUGCGCUGCAAUACCUGGAGUCUGUCGAUGAGGGGGGCGUGGCGUGGAGGGCGGGCCUGAGGAUGGGAGACUUCCUCAUUGAGGUGAAUGGCCAGAAUGUAGUGAAGGUUGGUCACCGGCAGGUGGUUAAUAUGAUCCGACAGGGCGGCAACAGUCUCAUGGUGAAAGUUGUGAUGGUUGCUCGAAACCCUGAACUGGAGGACACUGCUCGGAAGAGAGCCCCGCAGCAGAGUAAAAGACUGACUCCUCCUGCCAUUGCCCUGCGCUCCAAGUCAAUGACAUCAGAGCUGGAAGACAUGGUGGACAAAGCUGCCUCUCCAUGGAAAAAGAAAGCAGAGUACGAGUCCUCUCAGGGUCCUGAUAAGAAGAGGACAGUCUAUCAGAUGGCGCUAAAUAAACUGGAUGAAAUCUUGGCAGCUGCCCAACACACUAUUUCAUCAGACAACCAGGGCCAGAGAGGUCAUGGAGGCAAAAGGGAUCGGAGCAAGAGCAUUGUCUCCAGUGAGCAACCCUAUGAGCAGCAGUCAUCUGUGAGUGUGGUGCAGCCCGGACCAGGCUUUGGCUACAACCAAGCUCAUUUUCAACCAGGCCAUGGUCCUCAGCAUGCAGUCAUGAUGCGGCAAAAAUCUAUUGGUAUAACAGAGGAGGAAAGGCAGUACCUACACCCUCCCGCUAUGAAGCUGGCUCGCAGCCUGUCAGUACCAGGACCAGAAGAAAUCCCCCCGCCCCCUAACACAUCCGCCCCAGAUCCACCUUUAUCUGCAGGCCCUCAUCCUGGUAGAGGGCCUGCUAUGCCCAUACCCCCUGUAUCUCAAGGCCACUUCCAGCCUCACUCUCAGCCAGGGCAUCCCACUCAAGCAGGGUGGGACAGGGGAGGCCCUGGUGGGAUGAACCAGCAGGUCAUGGUCCCCACUCUCCGGAGACAAUCAGAAGGACUGUGUGUCAGAGAGCCAGAUGUGCCCAGGAGAGGUGGUGGUAAGAUGGGAGGGUUAAGGAGAGGAUACAGCAGCGCUACACCACCAACAAGUGCUAAGCCUAAGGCCCAACAAGCACCACAACAUCACCCCCAAAUGGCCAACCAGCCAGGUGGUGGGGUUGGCAGGGGGACGGCCAGGAGAGGUGGUCGAGGAGCUCUGAUGAAGCAGUCAAAAGUGGAAGAUGGACUGCGACAGCACAGAGGAAAAGGAGGCGCAGCUAAAGACAAGAGCUCCAUCCCCAUCCCCACCAUCAUUGUCAAAGCACCCUCCACCAGCAGUAGCGGUCGAAGCAGCCAGGGCAGCAGCAUGGAAGCCGAGCUUUCUCAAGAUGUAGAAGACCUUCCCUCAGCAGAUGCUACCCCAGACAGCCCCAACACCAGUCUGCCCUCACCACUCACCCCCUCUCCACCUCAGCCUCCCACAUCCACCUCCUUGCCUUCAACAACUGUUGCUCAUUCUGUUUCCUCACAGCAAAACUUGGAAAAUUUAGAUUACACUUCAACAUUUGGUACGACUUUUGGGGGCGGAGGGCGUUUCCGAGAGAUGAGAAGAAGGAGCACUUCUUUCUUCCUCUCAUCUGAGGAGGACAUCCAAGGAGAGGCAGGUGGAGGAGCAGGAGAGGGAGGAGGCACAUUGAGGGCAAGAAUUCAGCCUUUACAGGCCUCACACAUGGAAGUACCCACCCCUCGACUCCGGCCCUCCAAGUCUAUAGAUGAGGGCAUGUUUUCUGGAGACAGCUACAUCAACUAUUCCAGCAGCAUGCCCCCAGCCUUUGGCCUGCCUGAGUAUUCUUCGCCUGUCCUUGGUCAGGAUGGACAGCCUAAGUCAGCUCCCUCAGUGUAUGGCACCCAGCCAGCUACUACCUUCAUCCAUCCACUUACAGGAAAAGUCUUGGACCCCUCAUCCCCACUUGGCCUGGCCCUGGCUGCCAGAGAAAGGGCCCUAAAAGAUGACCGCAGAACACGCCGAGAGGAGAGACACUUUGGCCGCCAGUUGUCCACAGUAGGAGCGUUCCCUACUCCUGUUCAGACCCCAACUUCUUCCCUUUUUGCAACCCCCACACAGUCAGCAUACAAUUCCCCAGUGUCUGUCCACUUAAGCUCUCCCACCACCAUCGCCUCCCCUGCAUCUCUGAGCCGGCCACAGUCACCAAGGAUAUUACGCUUGGGAGGAGGUGGGGAGAGGAUGGAGAGGGAAAAGGAGGGAGGACCCAGGGAGGGUCUUAGAGUUCGCUUCUCAGAGGACAGAACCAGUCAAUAUUCAACCCAGUAUUAUCCACCAAGCCCCAGAGAGAGAGAAAGAGAAAAGGAGGUGUACGACAGCAGACCUGCUCCACCCAUACAGCCUCCUCCACCUCCAGCUCAACCUGCCCCCCGCAGACCCUCCUUUUCGUACAUGGAAAGUGUUACCAACACCAGCUAUAUCCCUCAGUACACUGUCCCCACAGCCCCAGCAGAGAGGCAUGAAGCUAUGGGUGAAGGAAGAGCAGGGGAGGGUGGAAGUCUAGGACUGAUGGUUCUUCCUCCACCUGCUCCCUCAAUAGAUGCAGAUGAUGAGUUUGUCUUUGCAGAUCCCUUGCCCCCUCCUUUACAGUUUGCUAAUGGUAAGAAUGAAAGAGUGCAGCACCAUCAACACCCGAGUCAACGUUCUGCUGCUGUUGCUUCACCUCCUCCACCUCCUCUUCCAUCUCCCAAGACCUCAAAUGCCCACCAACCCUCUUCACAGGGUGGCGACUCUGCUGCCUCCAGUCUUACCUCCUACGACAGCGAGGUGGCCAACCUCACACAGUCAGCUCUCUCUCCAUCUUAUCCGUCCCCACAGAUAUUCCCCUCUUCCUCUGCUGCCACCACCUCUGCUGCUGCUCCACCUCCCGUGCCACUACACAAACCACAGCCUGUGUCCCAUUCUCAGGCCUAUUACAGCAGCUCUAACGACCCUUCAGUAGGUGGUCAGAGCCCAGCCCAGGACAGAGGCACGGCCACCCUCACCACCACCAUGACCUAUGCUACCACUACCAUGACAGCCACUGCUGCUGCCACCACCACCACAACCUCACUGGCAUCCUCUGACUACAACAUUACCAUGGCUGGGCCCAAGUCCGGUCUCAGUACAGGGGGCAAGGCUGCUGACCACACGUAUCAAACCACUAUUAUACCCAAGAGUGGAGACUGGCAAGAUGCUGUGGUGGACUCUGGGAUUGAGGAGCUGGACAGUCACAGCAGUAGCGACCACCAUUUAGAAAUACUGGGACUGAGUGGGCUGAGAGGAGAGAGGGGAGGGGUCGGAGGAGACGGACAAGGAGGAGAGGGAGAGAAAAGUGGUGAACAUCAUGAUACUUGCACAACCUACUCAGGUGGGCAAACAUUUGAGGUGCAUAGCACCAAGCUGGCAAACCCUGUGUUUCCAAAGAUGACUCAUUACAAAGAAGGGGGAGGGAGAUGCCUGCCUGUAGCACUACGUAGGCAGAACAGCACCAACCCUGCUCCCUUGCAGCUGCAGAGACAAACCAACCCAGAAGAUGCCAGAUUAGAUGAAGCUCUUGCAGAUGAAGGAAGGCGAAGUCGAUCUAAAAUGGAGGAUGGCUUCAGCUCCGCUCUGGCUAGCUGCUUAGAGAGGCCUAUGGACACUCGGUCAGGGGGCUGGGGUGAGGCUGAGGAGCAUGAGCAAGGAGGAGGAGUCCAAAGAGGUGGGAUUUUGUUGGAUGGCCGCAGGCUGCACUCACCUCUUUCAGGCAUGAAGGCAAGCAUAAUCAAUGAGCUAAGCUCCAAGCUGCAACAGAUGAGUAGCAUGAAGAGCAUGGAUGACUGGAGCCACACUCCCAAGUCCCCCACCAUGCACAGGUAUUCAGCAGAUUUCAGUGAUGUGUUUCACAGCCCCCCUACCGGCCGCUCCACCUCACCAUUACCCACCUCCUCCCCACAGCACCGUCAGAUCCUAACACCCAACUUGUCGGCCACCCCUUCUGUCUCUCCUUCCCCUCAAGUACCAGUUCAGCGUAACUGGACCCGCUCCCCUUCUCCACAGAUGCCUUCCUCCCCUGUUCAUUCACACCCUCCCCAUUCCCCAACCUACUGCCCAUACCCAACAUCUCCGAAGCAUCGGCCUAAGUUCCGUAGGCAGACUUUUGAUUUCCCAUGCAGUCCCACUAAGGAGAUGCGGUCUUCAGUGUCCCGGCGUCGGGCUCCAAGCCCUCUUAUGUAUAAUGCAGAACAACCGAAUCCCACCCCUCCCAGACCCUCCUCCCUCCCCAUCCUUCCCAGCACACCUAUCUACAACAACCCCUUCGACUUCCCCGGGCCCCUCACUCCUCCCUCUCCAGGCCUCCCUCUAGGAGACGCCUUCAAGGCUUCAACACCCCCGCUGUUUUCUCCUUCUGGUGUACCAAGUCCAAACCCGUUACUUGUGUCACACUCUCAUUCUCCCACCCAUUUUCUCUCUGGAGCCUCCUCCCCCAUGCACUUACCCCCAAGCCCUUCUUGUCUCAACUAUCCCCAUCUCACCCCUCCUCCACCAGCCAAGCCCUUCGCUGUCAAGCCCCUGCAAUACUGGACCAAGUACGACGUGGCAGACUGGCUGACUUACCUAAACCUGGGUGAACACAGAGAGCGUUUUAUAGACAAUGAGAUAGAUGGAUCGCAUCUGCCUUCACUCACCAAGGACGACUUCUUGGACCUGGGAGUGACACGUGUGGGACACCGAAUGAACAUCGAGAGGGCACUGAAGAAACUCACUGACAGGUGAGGGAGGACUAACAGACUCUGGAACACAUAGAGGCAGUGGGGUCAAAAGGUCAAAAUGGAAGCACAGGAUGAUGAAGGAAAGUCAGUCUCUGACUCCUUCCAUACACAUUAGCUGGAUCAACCCCUUUCUUCAUUAGAUGCAUUUAAUUUGAUAAGUUAUCACAUCUUCCUUCCAUUCCUUUCGCUUUCUCUUUAUUAACAUGUUCUCUUUAGUUUGCUCCACCUUUAUUUCAGUUCUGUUCAUUCUCAUUCUUUGAUUUGCCCUCCUUCUCUCCCCAGGCAGCUCUCUCCUUUGCAUGUCACUACAUCUCCCCAAGACACAGACUGAGAGGGUGAUGGGGUGAUUCAAAGAUGUGAGAGAAAGGGAGAGAAACAAAUUAACAAAGAUGAACAGUAACAGAAGAUGUGCAAGAGAAGAACAUCAGCAGAUUGUGUUGAACUAAGACUAAGGGCUGGAAAUAUGGAGAAAAAUGUCUUUCAAAUUUGAGGACACUGUCAUGAAAUUUGUGGAAUGACUACUGGUCAAGAAAGGGUAUAAAGAAAUUAAGAAAACUAUUAAAAUGACUAUCUUCUACUGAAAAUACACAUUAAAACUUUUGAUGGACAGGCAUUUAAUUAACACUGUUUUGUGCUGUUAAAAACAAACAUACACAUGCAUAUUCUCACACACUCUGACAGAUGGAUUCUCACACCAUCUGCUGCUUAACAGCACUGAGAAAACCUCAGUCUGAACUCAAAUAAAAGUUGCAAAGUUGCUGCUUAAAUGGUAAACCCCAAUAAAAUGUUUCUGACUGGGACAGAGCCAGAAACUCUGGUGAAAACAGAAAGAUAAGGACCACAUCCUAACAUCAAUUUUGUUGUUUUAAGCAGAUCAGAGUAUCAAAUGGUUACAUGUACUGGAGCUGAAGUUGGAAUAUGAGGGAAAAGGUUUUGUUUGUAGAUGAAAAUAGAGGGAAACAAUAGUAUUCUUUUUAUAUAUUUGCCAUAUUCCCCCAAGGGAUGCCCCAGUAAGCUGUGUAUGUAUGUAUUUUGCGAGCACUAAAUAUAUCUUACAUGUUAAAUGGGAUUCUCUAUUAGCGGAACCAUUUGUUUUGUACUAAGUGCUGAUCGCAAUCAUUCAUUUCCAACUGGUCAGGGUCUUUAUAACUGUUGAAUUCAAGUUGUGAAUAAUGAGGAUGUACAAAUACUGAGAAACUAUUGUUGUGAAAUAACCUUUUAUUAUUUUCCUGGUUAUUCUAGAGAAAGGAGAGGAAAUAAUAGCGAGGAACUGAAAAGUGUUUGCAUAUCAUUUCAAACUGCAAACCAUCUUUUUCCUCAGACGGUAUCGGUGUUUUAUGGCCAUAGCACAGGUCAAAGGAUGGAUCCAUCCUCUCUGAUGCCAUAAUGUUAACCGCGCUCUCGCACAGCAGGUGCAGUGAUCGAAAAGGGCUUUUUUCUGCUUCCCUGUCUGCCAGACUUCCUCAGCCUUCAGCCUCUGUGUGUCUGAUUUUUGUGUGUGUGUUUGUCAGCUGCGUUGGUGGCCACAAGCUUUCCUUGACCUACACCUUUCUCUUUCUAAUGUGUUUUCAAAAAACAUAUUUAUAAAGGUCAGAAAACCUUUCUUUCUCACCACUUGACAAUCCCAGUGUUAUGCUAUUCCGCACAUAAAGUAAAGUCACUUUUGGCUUUUCCCGUUUAGGGGUCGCCACAGUGAAUCGUCACACUGACAUCUCAAAUGUUGACAUU